AUGAAAACCGCACCGCAAAAACAAAGACGAAACGAACGCGAGCGCAAUCGCGUGAACCAGGUAAAUAACGGCUUCAACCAACUCCGCGACCGUGUCCCCACCCUCGCACCCACCCAAAAUAAGAAAAUGAGCAAGGUAGAAACGUUGCGAGAAGCCGUGAAAUACAUCCAAUACCUCCAAUGCUUGCUCCAUAACGAGGCGUCGGGCUCGACAAGUUUCGAUACAAAUUCCUCGAGUUCUCCGUUGUUAUACAAUGCACAGAGCUCACCCGCCUCAUCCAGCUACUUUUCCGAUAACUCGUUUGACGAGCAGAAAUUCUACACCGGCCAGACA